CAGAACACACAACACCGACCACCCACUCAUCCCUACUCGGCGUGCACCACAACACACGUCUUGUUUCCAAUCCCUUCCCUCUCCUUCACUGCGUUUCUUUGCUUUGAUACCCGCGCAGCGUCUGGCUUUGAAGGCGCUUCACACGCACUCACUUUCACUUGCCCGCACGUACCAGGCCUAAUCCACCUGCCUUCAUCGCCUUCAUCGCGCCCUCCUCUACUACCCCCCACCACCCAACAUGGCCGACUUGCAAGAACUCUUCAGCCGUCUGAAGAGCCCCGCCGCCUCUUCCAACGAUCAGCAGGGCCAGCAACACCAGUCUCACCCUUCCAUCUGGGCUCAACCUCAGCCCCACUCGUACCAACAACCCUCCGUCUCGUCACCUCUGUUCUCGCCUCCCAUUCACACUCCCAACCCUCAACACCACUCGGCUAUCAUGAGCCCCAGCCUCACUCCUGCCCCAGGUGACAACAAGUCCAACGAUCUCUUGAACUUGCUCAAGUUCAACUCCAACCAGAUGGCCGCUGGCAUGAGCCCUCUUGCCUCUCUGCAGAACAUUGCUUCCCAGAGCUCUUCGCCCCAGCUCCACCCUGCCCAGCAGCAGUCCCGAUCUGUCUCGGCCAACGAUCUGGUCGCAUCAUUCAACCAGAAGCCAUCGAGUGCCUCUUCUCUGCGCAUCUCAAUGCCUUCGCCCCAGCCCGACCAGAAGUCCCAGCAGCCAUUGGGAGACGCUCAGAACUUCCUCCUCGGUCUUUUGAAUCGCCCCAAGAACGGCGCCCCCGCCGAUUUCCAGCCCUCGCCCAUGCAGUCUGCUCAAGUUCCUGAGACCAUCAUCAACGAGCCCACUCCUUCGGCCGACGUUGUUGACCCCCAAGACCCUUCUGUUCGCCUGUUCGGUAGCGCCGGAUCCCGCGAAACAACCCCAUUCGAAGGCCCUUCUUCAGCAAAGAAGCCCGUCUUUACCUACGUCAACCCCUUCGAGCAGAUGACCGCUUCGUCGCCCAACCCCGGUCUCAAGACCGACGGCCCUAAGCACCAGCGCGAUGUCUCUCAACCCGAGGACAACGACAGUGGUCCUCCUAACGCAAAGAACCGCAAGAUAACAUCAUCCCUUCCUUCACCAUCUCCUUCACCUCGCCCUGCCCAGCCUUCAGCCGAUGCUCACCAGAGCGUGUCUGAGGCUCUGAGCGGUGUUGGCGAGAAGGUCGACAAGCAAGUUGAAAAAGCACUUGCUCAGGCCCAAGCCGAUGGCGCCACGUCGUCUGCCUCGAAAGAGCAGACCAAGGCGACCGAGGAGGUUGCAGACAGCUGGGAGAGCGCUGAUGCCGAUGAGUCUGGUAAGGACAACAAGGACUUCGCUGUUCGUGUUUACAACUUCCCCAUGAGACCCUUUGUCUCAAUCACCAUCAACAAGGACGGCCAGCCCACCCCUCUGCGCUCUGACUCGCUCAUGGACAUCGCCCGUCUGAAGAAGGAGUUCGAGCAGAUUGACCGCGCCCUUGUCACCGCUUCGCCCAACCACAUUGUCUACGCUAUGGCCAAGACUGGCGGCUUCCGCGUAAUCCGUCAAGACUCUGGCAAGGACAAGCAGGUCUUCCGUUCCACUGCUGAGCGUGUCUUCAACGUACAGAUCUGCACUGCCAGUGGUACAAACAAGGAUAUUGAGACUGUCCUUGCCACUGGAGUUAACGGCUCAGUUUUCUGGACCAGCAUCAACAAGGUCGAGGGUGACUCGUUUGACGACUUGGACCUCGAGUCGCAAGGAUUCGUUCUGCCUCCCGUGCCCGUCCAGGAUGACAACACCUCAGGCAGCCCUGUUAAGACCAGAGCCAAGAUGAGCUCGCGCAAUGCUGAAUUCUUUGCCAUCUCAAGAGGCAAGUCUAUUUACAUCAUCUCACCUUUCAUCGCCCACCAGAGCCAGUACACAGACAAAAAGUCGCGCGUUGUCGACAACGACAAGUACUUGCAAGAGCGCUGUCUGAAGAUUUCCACUGGCAAGGCUGGCAAAGACUUCGCCUUCAGUGGUGACGACAGUCUUCUGGCCUCGCUUGACAAGAGCGGACGUAUCAAGUUCUGGGACAUCCGCGACAUGGCCCAGCAGGCUCGCGAAACCGUUCCUGUUGGCAAGCGCUCUCCUCUGGAGCGCAAGGAUCCUCUGCUUACUCUGACUACCACCCUUCCUGCCGAGAAGGCCACUCCUUCCUCCAUCAUGUUUGUUGACAAGGAGAGACCAUGCGUUAAGGGCGUAGCUCUCCGCUACUUGCUCGUUGGCUUGAAGCAGAACCACAUCCUCCAGCUCUGGGACCUCGGCCUCAACAAGCCCGUCCAGGAGCUUUACUUCCCUCACGACAAGGACUCCGAUGCUAUCUGCAGCAUCUCCUACCACCCCAAGACUGGUAUCAUCGCGCUUGGACAUCCCACACGUAACUCGAUCUACUUCAUUCAUCUGUCCGCUCCUCGCUACAACAUUCCUAGCAUGGACCAGGCUAGAUACACCACCAUGCUCGCCGAGCAGGAUCCCAACCUGCCUCGCCCCGAAUCCACUGCUAUCAUGAGUGGCAUCCGCGAGUUGUCCUUUGCUUCCAAGGGUCAACUGCGUAGCGUGGACAUGCUCCACACCCCUGUCGUCUCCGAGACUUCUGGCGACGUUCUCUUCGAGUUGUAUGCUAUGCACUCCAAGGGCGUCACCUGCAUGAACAUUAAGCACGAAGACCUCGGCUGGAGCCGUGACAACAAGGUGCUUCACCCUGUUGAUGCGGAAGCUUCGGGUCUUAUCUCGGUCUCUGGCAUCUCUCCCAACGCAACCACCGCAGAGGCGCCUGCCAAAUCGUCAAAGGCUGCCGCACCGGCUUCACCCCAGAAGUCCGAGCCCACUAAGCCUGCCCCCGCUGUUGCUGCAAAGUCUAUUGCUAAGCAGGAGCCGGUGGUCAAUGGCACUCCGAAGGUCGAAAAGCCUAAGAAGGCCACUGUAGAGCAGAACACCGCUGAGCCUGCCACCAAUCCCGCCAUUCUCACCCCGGCAUCUUACGCCCUGGCCGCUCGUCCCAAGGCCUCCGCUGCUGAGACCACUUCUUCCACCAAGGAGCCCACUCCUGCUGUUACACCUUCGCCUGUGCCCGCUGAGAAGCCUGCUAAGGCUGCUGAGGUCGCCGCUCCCGUUGACACUCAAACCGUCAACAAGGCAGUCAGUGAUGCUAUGUCCAGAGAGAUUGAAUCUCUCUACCGCAGACUCGACGACGACAAGCGUGUUCAAGAUGCAGCCGCUGCGGCCAAGCAGGAUGCUGUCCUCCGUCUCGUGUCUAGCACCUUGACCGAUAACGUCGAGAAGACAUUGCACAAGAUCAUUACUACCAACAUUACCAGCAGUGUUAUUCCAGCCAUUGUUGAAUCUAGCUCGACGCUGCUGAACGAGAAGCUCAACUCCGCAGUCUCUCAGCACGUCGCGAAGGUAGUUCCUGGUGAGAUUAAGGCUUCUCUUACACCCGCCAUCGCCGCUGCUCUCCAAGAGAAGGAGCUCCAGCGCGUCAUCUCGGAGCAGACCGCCUCAAAGCUUGCUCCUCAGAUUGAGCAGACAUUCACUACCCUUCUGCGCAACUCGAUUGUCCCCAACUUCACCAACCUUGCUCAGACCUCGACCAAGAAGGCAGUUGCUGAUGUCGAGCGCCGCUUCACCGAGCAGCUCCACGAGGCCGAAGUACAGCGCCAGAAGGACAACGCCAAGAUCGAACAGCUUUCGGACCUUGUUCUCGGACUCUCAAAGACGAUUCAUGAGAUGGCUGCUGGACAGUCGGCCUUCCAAGAGCAGAUCCUCAAGCUCCAGCGCCAAAUCGCCGGCGACAACUCGGCACGCUCUGCUAACUCUGAGGCCGAUGUUGUGCCUUCAAUCGAAGACCCCGAGUUGGACGGCAUAACAAACCUGAUGACCGCAGGCAGAUACGAGGAAGGAACUAUCCAAUGGCUCCAGUCCGAACGCCAAGGCGAACUCUUUGACAAGCUCUUCGUCCGCAUCAACCCUCAAUACCUGCAGAGACUCAGCCCAUUGGUGUCGUUGUCGGUCUCGGCUGCUCUGACGUCGUCGUUUGAGCAGAAUGUUGACGAGCGUCUCCAAUGGCUCAGCGCCGUCUUGUCGACCAUCAACCUCAAUGACGCCGAGAUCAGAGAGGUAGCACCCAAGAUCAUGGAUGUUCUCCAGCAGCGCAUGCAGGGCGCCUACAUGUCGAUCGCCGAGAACAACGUCCAGGACCCUGCACUCCGCAUCGUCUCUGGUCUGUCUCGCCAGAUCAACGACAUCAAGAACCAGAGUCUCGGUCGCUGAAGGUAACCUCUGGUAGUUCUUUGAUGAACUUGUAACAACAACAACAAGAUAUGCAAGGCUCGGUGCUGAAACACGCCCGAGGCUUGAACAAAUUCAGCACGACGCUCUCCAUGCUUCGAUUUUCUGAUGACUUGAUGGAUGACGACACUUUGGCUAGGCGGAGGCUCAUUGUGCAUAGCGGCCUCGCGGAACUCUAAUGACUGUACAUGGAGGACAUGAAGUUCUGAUGGGAGCGGUAGAGAGGAGGACCGGCCACGAGCUUAGCCUAGUAUUUCAGAAAGGAAGAAACAGGCAGAUAGAAGAUUGCUGCCAGCUAAUAAAAGUAAUGGAAUGGAAUUCAAUUCAUGAAUACUCUG